CUAAAUUAGUAAUAUUUGAUAUGUAGAGACUGAAUACGUAAAACUUUCUCCAAUUUAAUCUAUUAUUUAUAACCUAGGGUUCCGUCGUCCACUCGUCCCUUCCGUCCAAACUCGUUCAGACAGAGUUUCAAAGGACACACAUGUCUUCAAAAGCCAAUGACAAGAUUCUCAGCUACAAUGAUGUUGUACUAAGGCGCUCGGAUCUUGACAUUCUUAGCGGACCAUAUUUUCUAAACGACCGAAUAAUCGAGUUCUAUUUCAGUUUUCUCGCCUCGAGAUUCCCAUCUGAGGAUGUUUUACUGUUGUCCCCGUCGAUCACUUUCUGGAUCAAAGAGUGCAGAGACACUACAAUGCUUAAGGAUUUCAUAGAACCCCUCCGUCUAUCUCAAAGGAAAUUAAUCAUCUUCCCAAUCAAUGACAACUCGGACGUGGAUUUAGCCGAAGGGGGAAGCCAUUGGAGUUUACUUGCUUUUGAGAGGGGCUCCAAUGUGUUUGUCCAUCACGAUUCCAUCUCGGGCUGCAUCAACAAGAAUGACGCCAGACAUGUCUACGAAGCCGUUCUCCCUUUUACAGCAUCUGGAAUGGCUACUUAUGUUGAUUACUCAGGGACACCGAAGCAAGAAAACUGGUAUGAUUGUGGGGUAUAUGUCCUUUCCUUUGCAAGGGUCAUUUGUGAUUGGUAUGGAAGCAGAGGACCGGAGGAAGGAGUUGAUAUGUGGUUUCCCUCCUUGAAGGAACAGAUAAAUGCAGGUGCUGUUUCGGAGAUGCGCGACGAGAUUCGAAGGUUAAUUGUUGAUCUAAUGGCGAGGAAGUAAUUACCAGAGAUGCCAUUGUUAAUACAGAUCAUAGAAUUGCAAUGGAUUUGUUUGCUUGUUGUUGUUGUUGUUGUUUCACCAGGAUGGUAAAUAAAAUUGGUUGCCUCCAUCUAAUCAGUUAUCAUUUCAUCUUCAUUUUGCAAGGGGUUGAAAAUUCUUAUGGAGGAUAAUAAAGAGGAAUUCUGUCC